UUUUAAAUUAUUUAUCCCGAAAAUUCGCAUAAUGAAUGACAAUAUCACGUGAAAAUGUGAACUAUGAAUUCUACGACUUUGAAUUCUAUAAACGAAACUGAAAUAAUUAUCUGUAUGAGUUCUAAAGAUAUCAAAGAUAUCAAUAAUUCGUGAUUGGAUAAAGCAGCAGUUAAAUUUUCAAUAUAAGAAGAUUUGUGCAAGGAUUUCUUAGGAAGAAUAUGACAGUUUCUUAGGACUUUCUUAUGACCAAUGACAUCCAAAUAGAAAAUUGAUUGAGAAAUCGAUAAAAAAUAUGCAUAAUCGACCGCAACAGCUGGGCACUCGCGGAGUUUCCAUGGACAUGAAAACAUCAUGGGCCGCACAGGAAUAUGAUUCCAUUAAUUUGGAAACAAUGGCCCGCUUCCAGCAGAAGCAACUGCAGGAGAAGGAGCAGAAGCUGCUGCAGCUGUACGAUCAGCAGCAGCAGCGAGCCUAUCAAGUGGUGCAACGGGGUAGCGCGGGUUCCAACAGUUCUAAUCACGGCGGUUCCACUGCAACUAGGACCACAGCGACGACAACGACUCACACGACCUCGACCUCGCAAGGUGGUAAGGUGAGGCAAAUGUUCGACGAGAGGCGGCAAACCACCGUCAAGGGAAUCGACAGGAGUUACCCUUUGGAACCGCUCGAGAACAAGUCGCGGAAGCAAACGAACAGCUUGGCGACGCAAAGGAACGGAAAUUCGAUGGUGAACCGGCAAUCCGUCAACGUGAAACGCAUAACGCGCGCGGAUGUCAAUAGUAAUGUUAACGGCGGCAAACCCGUCGUUUCCUAUCACGAAGAAAUCAUGCGCGAGUCAUUCGGACCAUCCGUUAUCGGACGUCGUCAUGAUGACGAGGACGAAUUCGUUGAGAAUCGCGUCGCCACAUUUGCUAACGGAUAUCGUCAUGAAGCUGACAAUGAGCAAGAAGAAGUAAUAGAUCGGGAGACAGUAGAGAAUAAUCGCAUGAUGGCGAAAAUCCAUUUAAUGGGAUUCGAUGAGAGUCUAAAACAUCACGUGAGGAACGAUUUAGAAAACGAGGAGUUUCCGGAUGACCUCAUGGUGGACGUGCCCGAUAGACUUCCGAGGAGAAACGUCACGAAAAAAUUGUCUCAAGCAGAAGCGCGACUCGAGCGAUUCAAAAACGCAAACGCGAAGAGAAGCAACAUGUCGAAACAGUUGACUUCAACGAGCAACGUGAUAAAAAAGCGAUCCGAGCAAACGACAAAAUCGAAUUCGAGACGGAGUGAGAUCACCGGAACUUCCCCAACCGACACGAAAAGCGGAAGCUGGAUCUCAGAUCGCAGUCAAAGAAUUCUUGAAAAUGUGAAAAAUUUUCUGCCGCCUGAAGCUCGCGCAAUCGAUAAAAUAAGUAAGAGACGAAGGGAAAAUUCGGAUAUCGAAAUAUUUAACCGUCGCAACAAUUCGCCAAGUUUUUCUAAAAAACCAAUAAAAACAGAAGACUCUUCGAUUUAUCCUAGAAAGGCUUUAAAUAGCUUUAAGUCACUAACGGCUGAUGGAAAAAUAUUUACAAGACAUAGCACGAAACCGCAAUUUUUUUGUAAAGAAUCCGAACGAUCUGCAACAACUAUGAGCAUUGAUCGAAAAUCUGAUUCCUCAGGAUCACCAUUAUUUUAUCGAGAAACGUUAACAAAACAAAGUAAAAGUCCGCCCUUUUUUCUCAAUGAAUCUGAGCAAUCAUCGCAAGUAUCGCGUACAACAAGUGAAUCUAAAUCACCGAUAUGGGAUAUAGGAAUUUCAUUAAAACAAAGCACGAGUCCGCAGUAUCUUCUUCGUGAAUCUAAACGAUCUGGAACAGCUAUGAGUUCUGAUCAAGAAAUCGAGGCUAUUAAAAUCGAUCGAGGAAUAUUAAAAAAGCGAAGUACGAUUAAUUUCGAUAAAAACCUCCAAACAAGUCUCGAUCGAAAAACUUCGUUUAAAUCACCAUCGUAUGAAAGAGAAAUAUUAAAAAAGCGAAACACCAGUCCGCAAUUCUUUUGUAAAGAAUCCGAACGAUCUGGAACAACGAUGAGCAUUGAUCGAAAGUCUUAUUCGUCAGAAUCACCGUUAUUUUAUCAAGAAACAUUAUCAAAGCAAAGUAAAAGUCCACAUUUUUUCUUCAGCGAAUCUGAACAAUCUCGUACAACAAGUGAAUCUAAAUCACCGUUAUGGGAAAGAGAAAUUUCAUCAAGACGAAGUACGAGUCCACUCCGUUAUGAAUUUAAACGAUCUGAAACAGCUAUGAGUACUGAUCGAGAAAUUACGGGAUCUAAAUCGUCAGAAUGGAACAAAGAGAUAUUAACAAAGCUAGGUACGACCGAUGAGAAAUUCCGAAUUUUAGAUACAAGUCUCAAUCGAAAAACUUCUAAAUCGCCAUUAUACGAAGGAGAAAUAUUAAAAAAGCGAAGUAUCAGUCCACGAUCCGAACGAUCUGGCACGACAAUGAGUAUUGUUGAUAAAUCUAGAUCGCCAUCAUAUGAUCGAGAAGUAACAAUAAAGCGAAGUGCAAGUCCGCGAUUCUUUUGCAAAGAAUCCGAACGAUCUGGCACAACUAUGAGUAUUGAUAGCAUUGUUGAUAAAUCUAGAUCGCCAUCAUAUGAUCGAGAAGUAACAAUAAAGCGAAGUGCAAGUCCGCGAUUCUUUUGCAAAGAAUCCGAACGGUCUGGCACAACUAUGAGUAUUGAUCACAAAAUUAAAAAACCUAAAUCGCCAUCAUACAAUCAAAAAAUAUUAAAACAAAGCACUACUCCACAAUUGUCCAGCAGGAAAAGCCAGCAACGAUCUGCAGCAAUUGUCAGCAUCGAUCGAAAAUACGAUGGAUCCAAAUCGUCUGGAAAAAUUCGCGAAAAACGUGAAAAGCGUACGGCAAGCCCGCAAUUUUUCUGCAAAGAAUCCGAAAAAUCUGCUACAACGAUGUUGAUCGAACCAAAAUCGAGUUCAACUGAUUCCACUAAAAAUAUAUUAAAACAACGCGGUUAUACUCCAGAUAUUUUUUACAAACAAUCUAUAAAACCUUUAUCCUCUAUUAAUAAAAUCAAUUCUUCACAAGAUAGAAUUCGAAAUCCUUCGAUCAUCAAACAUGAAGCGAAAAAAGCUUUAAAGAAAAACGGAAUUUCCAGCAUCGUUACGGAAUCUCGCAGAUCAUCGAAGAUUUCGGAAACGUCCGCAACAUCGACAAGUUCGAUUGUAAGUUUGAAAUAUGGCUUGGAAUUUGACAAUAUUUUGCAAUCAGCAGGACUUGUUAGUAAAUUUAUGAAAUCUCAAAAUGGAAAACAACACAAAAUCCAUCAAUCGUCUCCGAAACAUAUAAAAAGUGGAAACGCUUUGAUUGCGAAGCAUAAUCAAUCGAGAAAUCGAUGUAAAACUUCGUCAUCUUUUCAAAAAGCGAUUUCGUCAUCUACUGAAAAUAGAAAAAGAACUACACCAGAAUUGCCUCGCAAAAGUAUCACUCCAACAGAAGUUGAUAUGGAGAUUCAAGAGAUUAUCAUGACCGAUCAUCGUAUCGAACGCGACAAGCUACAAAAGACAGUGAGCCCAAUAUCGAGGCGACAAAUUGAUGGAACAUAUACAAAAUCGAUAAGCGACAAAACAAAAUUCAAAACCUCAGUUACCUAUCCCGUUCGCAAAACACAAAAGCAGAGAGCAUCUAUUUUAAAAUCAAAUGUUUUCAAAUCGAAAGAGGAUUCCUUCAGAAGAAGUAAAAAGUCCAAAAAUUAUCGAGAUAGUGAAGAAAACAUAAUCAGUCUAAGUAAACUCGAUUGUAGUCCUGUAAAUAAGACUUCCCGACAUAUAACUCGACCAAAGGAAGAUGAAAAUCUAGUGAGUAAAACUAAAACAUCUCAAACACAAGAACAAACGUGGAACAAAUCCGUACGAAAUCAAACUGAACGCAUUGCAUUUCGAUCUACGAAAUCUGAAAAUCGACAGUAUACAAUUCCUCGAUCUCUGAAACAAACACGGGAUCGAUCUAUGGAAACUCGCUCUUCGAAAGCGUCUCCCGAUUUUUCUGGGGAAAGGAAAUAUUUUGAUGAUAUAGUUCCGCAUUUAUGCGACUCUAAGGAACAAAGCGGAGGAACGCGUGCAGAAUUGGAUCAAUUGCGAAGUUUACAUUCAACGCGAUUGCAAGAUACUUUAAAAGAAAAAAACUUGUCCGCACCUGAAUAUAAUCGAAAAAGGAUAGAAAACGAGAAGGAAAAUGUGGAUGAGGUUGAUGCUGGGAUCGAAAAUAAAAAAUAUCAAACGAUAAUUGGAAUCGCUUUGAAUGAGGAGAUUAAGGAUUAUCGCAAUAUUCCUCGUCCAAAUUCCACUGAUCAAAGUAUAGAUAAAGACAUUAUUCUUCGAGAAAAACGAGCGACGAUAUCGAAUACUUUAAAAGCAACAAAAAAAGAAUGUGGUAGUCAACAUGUAAAAUCUAAAAUUUUACCGCGAGUUCCAUCUUUAAGGAAAACUGUAAAGAUUUCCCUUGGUGCCGACACUUCAAAGAUUUUGCCAUCUCAAAGAGUCACAUCGCAUAAGAAUUUCACAUCUAAAUUUUUGACAAAUACCAUCAAAGAUCACAAAAACGGAAAUGUAUUCAUCGCAAAGAAAUCGGCAAAUUUGUUUAAUAAAACGAAUGUAAAACGUAUAGAAAAGUCGGAAGACACUGCGAGAGAAUUUUCAAAAAUAAUAAUGCAACGAGAGAACGAAUCUAAAAAAAAUGUCGAAAGAAUGGACUCCGUAGAGUCGGCAUUAAAAAGAUUUGACUCCAUCGGCGCAGAAUUUGAACCUUUAGGCCCGACAAGCUUCCAAGCAUCUCCAGAGAUUUCCCUGCAGACGAUGGAUAUGCAAACAAAAAGUUCUAUUAAACAGACUUCAGAGGGAUCAACAUUAAUUUCUUUUCCGGAAGUAAUAGAUAAUAUGGUUUUAAAAUCAACUCCGAAAUCUUCAGUCGAUAAAGAUUUCAAAAAUUAUUUAAAUAAAAGUAAUUUAAAAAUUUCCGGCAAAAGGAUUUGUUCAAUGAAAAGAUUAGAAAAAAGAAUCGAAAACACGAUUCAUAGCAAAAAAUCUACGCAAACUCGAUCACCAAUAUGUAAACGACGAUUAUUCGAAUCUGAUUCAGAAAAAGAAAGUCAAGAAUUAAAUUAUGCAAAAGCGCGUAAGAAAGAAAAUUAUUCUUCCGUAAGUUUUAGAUUUCAUAAGGAUAAAGCGAUUUCAAAGGUAAAAUCUUUCAAGGAUCGCGAGGAUGCAAAAGAAUCAAAGAGAUUGCAAGAAAUGCCAAUGCUUUCCGUGAAGCCAUUACGAUCUAUCGAAGAUAUUCGGAAAUCAAUCGAUAACGAACAAAAUAAAAUAGUAAUUGCAAAAGAGUCGAGGUCAGCAAUUGCAAAUCGGCGUUCGGUUUCGCGACAGGAUGUCGAUGCGAGACGAUCGGUCUCUGCGACCGAUGCAGCAAAAAACGUAUUUCUCGGGGACAACCCGGCAAGAUUGACUAAAGCUAAAUCCUGUGUAUCCAGGAUCACGAAAAGCCCGAGUCCUGAUUCAGCUACGAGAAAGCAUCACGAAACGAACGCGCGAGCGACAAGAGGAAGCGUACCUUCGUCUCCUUCCAAAAGUCCCGAUAUUGCUUCUAAAUAUGCCUCUAUAGAGCCAAAGAAUCAAGAAGCGAAACCUUUAAGAAAGUCAGCGGUCACGAAAGGCGUGGAUUCGACCGGAAGUAAAGCGGCCACAAUUGAAGUUGUCGACACAAUCGAUGGUGUCGCUCUCCAAAACGGCUCAUUGCACGAAUCUACGACAAAGAAAUCCGACGCCUUUAUAAUAGACGAUCAAUUCGCAAAAGAAGGUGACAUAGUGUCGAAAAAAUCACUAAUAAAGAAGUCUUCUAGCAAUAAACAACAAAGAGCUUCUAGUGCAUCAGAUCGACCGAUCUCGGUAUCAUCAAACUCUAGUGUUAGCUUAACUCAUGGUCAAGUUUCUGGCACGAAAAAUAAAAUGACAACAAGAGCUAAGACACCCGCUUCCGGUGGACCACAAGCUAAGGGAUCAUUUUCACCAAGAUCCAGCGAAACUUCCGCAGAUAAUUUGGUAGCCUGUAAGACAUGUGAACGUACUUUCGCAAAAGAUCGAAUUGGCUAUCAUGAAAAGAUCUGUGUGAAAGUAGUGAAUAUGAAGAGAAAAAAGUUUGACGCAAUGACAUUCCGAAUCAAAGGAACUGAGCUCGAACCGUUUGCCAAGAAGGGCCUUACUAAAAAGCAGGAGACGAAGAAACCGCAGGUAAAAUCCGAUUGGCGGCGCAAACACGAGGAUUUCAUCAACACGAUUCGUUCCGCCAAGCAAUUACAGGCACACAUGGCAGCAGGCGGAAACUUGAAGGACUUUCCACCACCUCCACCCAGCGAUACCAGCGAUUACAUCCAAUGUCCACACUGUAAUAGAAAGUUCAAUCAGGCUGCAGCGGAACGACACAUUCCCAAAUGCGAGACUAUGCUUCAUAAUAAACCAGCGCAUUUACGAGCAUCAAGACCGAGACGCUAGCAAGAUUAUAAUGAUCUUCCCUAAAAUGAGCUUAAAUCCUCCGCGAAUUUUGUGCUUUCUAAUAAAUUAAUUAUAGUCACUGUCUAGAUACAUUGUCUAGGGAUUCUCCCUUCUUCGCGGAUUUACAAGCAUAAUACGUUUCUUUGCAUCAGAUGCAAUUUAUUCGAUUCAGAAAUUUUCGCCCAUGUUUGAUACAUAAAUGUGAUUUAAAAGAUUGUUAAAUUUAUUGAAAUUUUGGAAAACAUUUCCUGCCUUAAAUUCAUAUUUGUAAUAA